CAGAGCAUCGAUGUGAAGCAGCACUUUGUGUUUCAGGGUCCCAUCAUAAUGGAGCUGCAGACCUACCGUUACCAUGGACACAGCAUGAGUGACCCAGGUGUCAGCUACCGUACCCGCGAGGAGAUUCAGGAGGUCCGCAGUAAGAGCGACCCCAUCUCCAUGCUGAAGGAGCGCAUGCUCAGCCACAACAUGGCGUCUGUAGAGGAGUUCAAGGAAAUCGACAUCGAGAUCCGUAAGCAGGUGGAGGAUGCGACUCAGUUCGCCACCUCGGACCCGGAGCCGCCGCUGGAAGAGUUAUGCAACCACAUCUUCUCCAACAACCCGCUGCUGGAGGUGCGUGGGACAAACCCCUGGUCCAAGCUCAAGUCUGUCAGCUAGACUCGGACCACACACUCAACCUUUAUCCCUCACACAUUCAGCACCUUCCCCCUCGACUUUAGGUCUCAGCACCUUCACGGGACUUUGAGGUUUUUCCUUGAAACCUGUCAGUGUUAUUUAUUUAUAGUUUACUGUAUAACUGUGAGAUAUUAUUCGUGGUGGAGCCAGAGGUGUUGGACAGGAUAAACAUGCUGCACUGUAAACGCACAAAUCCCAACAUCUGACAUGGAAACGUGUCUGUUAGAAACCUUCUCCAUGUUUAUCCUGCGUUUUAAACCCUCAGGAGAUUUUUAAAUGUUCCAAACUUGUGUAGAUAUUCCCUCAGACGUGUGACUUUAAACUUGGGAAAUGCAAAUGUGAUGGAUUGUUCUGGUAGUAAAACGCCUUUAAUGAGGAGUCGCAGCCUGAGCUUCAUUCCAGAGCAGUCCUCAUCUGAAGCAGGUUCAGUGUCCAGGAUAAGGACACAAUAUCAGUGUAUGUAACCAUAAAAUGGCUCUAAAAAUGUGUUUAUAAGCUGAAGAUGAAAACAAGACUUUAGCUGCUUGACUCGACUACUGACAAGACAAACAUCUGGACUUGUGUGGGGAAACUGAAGCUGGCAACUGGAUGCACUACAUUUGAGACUUUCUGGGCGCUUUAUGAAUUUAAAGGAGUCUGUUAUAAGAUCUUUCCUCUGUGUUCUUUAAUGUUUACUGUAUCUGAGCCUGUACAGAUAUAAAGCUUUCUUAUUUACCUGUCUGAAUGGUGGAAACUGAAGGUUAUGAAAUAAAACGACUUUAAAGCAAA